AUGGCAAGGUGGCUCGUGUUCGGGAUCUUGGGCAACCUGCUCCUCGGUCUCUCCGGGGCAGCGCCGGUAGAGGAGAAGAGAUCUGUCGCGGUUGCCUCGGCAAAGCACACCUUCUCCCUCAACCGGCAAACUGUAGCGAAGCCCGGUGGCACGCUGGGCUCCAGAUUCCGGAACCUCCGGGCGACGCGCGGCACGGCAGAGCCGCAGCCGGCGGGGUUGGACACCGCAAUGCCGGCCAAUAUGCAGGUCGAGUACCUGCUCAAUGUGACGGUUGCCGCGCACAACUACUCCCUGAUCAUCGACACCGGGAGUAGCGAUACCUGGUUUGUCAAGAGCGGCUUCGAGUGCGUGGAUGCAUAUCAGCGGAUCGUGCCAUUGAAGAUGUGUAGAUUCGGGCCCGAGUUCCAGGGUGAUUUCCCAGGCGGCCAGAUCGAGAACCAAACCUUUAGCGUCAGCUACGGGAACAUUGGCUCUGGGCCAUACCUGGAUGGAGAGUACGGUUAUGCCGAUAUCACCGUUGCUGGAGUUACCAUCCCCAAGCAACAGAUUGCUCUCGCCACGUCCGGUUACUGGAGCGGCGAUGGAAUCUCCACUGGUAUUCUGGGCUUGGGCAUGCCCGGACUGACGGAAGCCUUCGUUGGCAAUGGCUCCUUCACCAAUGCUAUCAGCUAUAGCCCCGUGGUCACCACCAUGUCCUCGGCCUCUAAAAUGCCUGCCCUUUUCAGCUUGGGCCUGUCGAGAAACCCGUCUGAAUCGUUCCUUGCCCUUGGCGGCGUGCCCGAGAAUGUCAAAGUCGGCGAAUGGACCUCCGCUCCUCUUUUGCAGUGGGAGAAGAGGCUCGGCGGAUACGAGUACUUCUGGUAUACCAUCAAGACCGACCAGAUGGUGUGGAACAGCAGCACCAUCUCCCAGCGAACAGCUCGCUCGCCAACCGUCAUUGUAGACAGCGGAACCACGCUCAACUAUCUCCCGUUCGACAUCGCCGACGCAAUCAACAACGCAUUUGAGCCGAAAGCGGUCUACGACCCAACCGAGGGCGCCUACUACACGGACUGUAACGCCAAGGCGCCCAGCUUCGGCAUCGAGAUCGGCGGCCAGAUGCUCUGGACCGAUCCCUCGAGCAUGAUCCUGCCCCAGCUCAAGAGCGCCAGCGGGAAGUGCGCCACCGGCAUCCUGGACACCAACCAGGAGCCGUACAUCCUGGGCGACGUCUUCAUGCAGGGCUUGGUGGCCGUCUUUGACAUUGGCGACAAGAAGGAGAUGCGCUUCGCCAAGAGGCUGUAA